AUGUCCAAGACGCCUUCGACUACCAGAAGUCAGUUGAAAGCCAGCAUCAGUAUGAAGACAUUCAUUGUUCUAGUUGCCUUCGUUGGAGCUACCAUUGCAGUGGAUUACUGUGCCUUGCCCACUUGCCUGGACAAGCACAUUGGCUGCAACAACAAGGGAAACUUCAGUGAGAACUGUCCCAAGGAUUCCCGUGAAGUUAAAAUCGAGGCACACCACAAACUGAUCCUCACCCUCUUUAAUGACCUACGCAACAAGGUAGCAGGAGGUGGUGUUGAGGGCCUUCCCAAGGCUAUCCGCAUGGCCAAGAUGUCCUGGUGCGAGGAGCUAGCUCACCUAGCCAUGUUGAACGUAAAGACCUGCGAAUCCCUGCCAGACAAGUGCCGCAGCACCGAGAGAUUCGCCUAUGCCGGCCAGAACAACGCCAUCUUCCACUACAGCGGAGCCGAGUCCGAGUACACUGAUGCUGAGAUCCUCAAGGAGCAGAUUGAGAACUGGUUCAACGAGCGUUCCAACGCCUCUCCCGACAUCCUGGCCAGCUUCCCCGAGGAACUGCCCAACAAGAAAGUGGCCCAGUUCACCAUCUCGGUGGCCGAGAAGAACACCCACGUCGGCUGCGCUGCCAUCCGCUUCACCAGAGACUUCUACAACCACUUCGUCCUCACCUGCAACUUUGCCACCGCCAACAUCGUUGGACAGCCCGUCUACACUCCCGGCGAUAAGGCCACCUCCGGCUGCAAGAACCGCUACGGUGCCGCCUUCGACUAUCCCAACCUUUGCUACGCCAAGGAGAUCUACGACAACGAGAAGAUCGUGGAAGGAAUCAAGGUGGUCUAA